AUUUUCUGAACAAAUACUUCCAAAAUAACCGGUUUGUUCAACCUGCAAAAGGCGAAACGAUAGUUAUUCAGUAUCGAGUGAAAACCUACCACCGUCAAUAUCUUCAGCCGAUAAGUUUAAUAAGAUAUUUAAAAUGGAAGAUAUGCGGUCCAAUGCCACCAAAUUGGCAAACCUCGUUGACUUUGACGACGCUGAGAAUGAAAACACGAAGACAGAUGGUUUUUGUAUCAGAACAAUUGAACUCGCUUUCUGUGUCUUGUAUUCUUUAAUAGGGAUCACAAUUUUCAUCGGAAAUGGCUUCACCUGUGUAGUUUUCCUGACAUCGAAACGUCUUCGAAAGAGCUUCAUGAAUGUGUUUCUUGUGAGCCUUGCGUUUUGGGACGUGCUAAUGGCAAUCUUUGUUGUUCCAUUUUACGCUGUAUUCUGUAGCCGAGGUUGCGAGUAUUCCCUCACUCAGCAUUGUUGGCUGUUUAGAAAAGCAAAAGAUUGUGUCCUUAUUGCAACGACUUUUAACAUCUGUGCUAUCACAUACGAUCGAUAUUUAGCAGUGGUUCGACCGCUUCAUUAUGGCGCGAAAAUGACCAAGCGGCGGGUAACCGCUAUUUUGGCGGGAGUUUGGACGCUGCCCGCUGUGGUAGCAGGAAUCAGAAACGUGUGGAACCACACAAAGAAAAGCGACGAACUGCGUUAUGCUAACAAGCUAUACGACACUGUUAUCAUUGUGGUUUUCGUCAUCUUUGCGAUUUUGGGGCUUUUAGCUGUUAACGUAACGGUUAUGAGAGCUAUUAAAAAGCACAACGAAAGAGAACUCACCGAACAAAGUAGAAGAACGGCUUGGAGGACCAAGAUGGAGAAAACGAAGCGAAGAAAGGGCACAAGGGCUUGUAUCUUAGUAGUGUUUGUGUUUAUGAUCUGCUGGCUUCCGAGAAUUGUGUACAACCUGAGUUAUAUCAUCAGACCUCCAGGAUUAGCGAGCCCUUUGUUUUUCAGGCUUGCUUUCUUUUGUCUCUUUUUGCAGUCUUCUGCAAAUCCUUUCAUUUAUUCGUUCUACAGGUCUGAAUUUAGGAGAGCCGCCUUGAGGCUUGUAAGACGGCGCAAAAGAUCUGCAAGUAGAGUUUACCCUUUAGCGGAGUCAAAACAGCUUAGUAAAUCAAAAGAAACACACGAUCUCGCUCAAUCAAUCGAGUUAUAACAAAAAUGUGACGUUGAAUUCACUGAUCAUAGAGAAGAUUUAUAAGCAUGCACUGUGCUUAGAGAGUUCUUUUUCCAGAAAAACUAAUAUUAAUGUAGAUUUGCAAUGUAAAUCAAAGCUAGAGUUUAAGUUACAUAAGAUCUUGUGUUAUGAAUUAAAUGUGACAAGUAUUUGUUGAACUUGAAGGAAAAUAAAGAAGACCGCAGCCAGAAUGACUCAUGGCAAAAUGUAAAAGCGUUCUCCGGCUAAAUUAUUUAAAAAACAUAAGCUUUUCACUGUCUCCAACGCGGGCAAUAACUCUUGUCCACUCCCAUGACAAUAUAGCAUUCUUUUGAACAAAAUUUUUUUAGCUUAAUUCCAUAACUUUAUUCCGUUGUAUUCUAUCGUAUUUUAUUCCGUUGUAUUUUAUCACACUUUUUAAUGCAGAUAGGACCCUGCGCGCGCCCUGAUUGGUCAAAAAAACCAUGUUUUAUCAGAGUAUAAAACAUAGA